CGUAAAUGCCAACUCACAUUUGGGAAUAAAAAUUUUGGACACAUUUUCUUUUUUACUACUAAUUAUUAAAAUGGCCUCUCGACUUCCUGCUGAUUGUCUUAAAGAAAUUUUGGAGUAUUUAGAGAAAGAUAAAUUCUCUUUACAUUCAUGCUUAUUAGUUAAUCGACUUUGGUGUAAAAUAUCUGUUAGAAUAUUGUGGAGGAAUAUUUGGACUAUUAACCUUGUUGGUUAUGAACAUCGAUUGAAAGUGGAAAAAUCAAUUCUUAAUAUGUUGAUUAUUUGCCUUCCUAAUAAAUCAAAAAAAUAUUUACAAAGUUCUUUCAGUUCAUGGAAUUGUUCGAAUGAUUGCUGAUGUCUUUAAAAGUCAAAGAUAUCUUGAAGAAGAAAUUAUGAAGAUGUUUAUGAAAAAAAUUCCUUUGAAAAAAUUAUAUUAUUAUACCAAUAAUUCCAACACUAUAAAUUUAUCAUUUUUACAU